AUGUCAGACUACUACUAUGAGGAUGAGCGCGUCCUCGAAUGGCUCGAACUCGUCGAGCCUCAGGGGAGGGCUGCGUCUCGGAUACCAGAUACUGCUAACAUCACAUCGGUCGCGAGCCUUUUCCGCAGCACCAACAUCAGCGGUGACGACGCGCAGAGUAUCGAAUUCGAGGAGUUCAUACCAGGGUUCGAGGAGCUCUAUCGAGCGGUUAAGAAAGUGCAUCGCCAGGUUCCACAGGAUCUGGAGGGUUUCCUCCGCUCCCACCUGAACCCCUUCGGGCCUAAUAUCCUGCCUCAAUUCACGAAAGAUGUCGAAUUCCGGAUCUUCGCUGAUCUCGCCCCGGACGUCGAGGACUUGACCAACGAGAUCAAACUGUGCAAAAGGAAGAGGGUGACGGAGGACGAAUGGUCUGACAGAUUGGUCUUUCCGAUGCUUCGCCUGGCGCAGAAGAGGCUGCGAACUGAUCUGGAGGUGGAAAUUGCGACAGUUAAAUCCAUUGGCAUUUCUCCGCCGGCACUUCUACCCGUUUCCGCAGGCAUUCCGGCAUCGCAAAAGCGGGUGGACUACUCGCUGUGUUUCCAGCUCGAUAACAUUCGGCGGCUUCGGCGUGUCUUCACCAACUUGGCCGGCGACUCCCUGAAUCAGUGUCAGCAUCCACGACUUUGGAACCACGUCCUUUUAUCCCACGUCAAAGUGAAGGGAUUGGCCGCUGAGGGGCCGGGCGAUGCACAACUAGGGGUCUGGACGGCGGCGGGCGUCAAGAGAAUACAAGAGAUGCAGAAAUGGAACCCAUAUCUACGAGACAAGAGCAUAGCAACCCAGCCGCUGUGGCUCUGGAAGGGUGACAACCUGACGUUAUAUGCCUCACUGAUGAGCGAGCCCGGCGAGCCCGAAGAGCUGCUCAUCUAUGAGCUAGCUGAAUGGCAUUUGGAGGAGCCCGCCCAACUGGUCACGGCUAUCAUCUGCCUGUCUAGGGUCAUGGAGUGGUCCCUGACCAAGUAUCUCCCUUGGUUCAAGAAGCUGAUCCAGUAUGACAACUGA